AUGUCCACUCAAAACCCAUACGUUCAAGUUUCACAAACUAAAUGGAUAUCAGAAACAAAAGUUAUGGAUGAAAUGAAGAAAACUUAUCACCCUUCACAGGAUUUCCGGAAAAGUCGAGAAAUUAUCUCUGAAUCCAAGAUAUUUGAGCAUGGAAAGCCUUCUAAUUAUACAUUUGAGAAUGAAACUUAUGACAUUCCCUCGGAUGCUUCCCACUCUCAGAAGUUUGAAAAUUCUCGUAUUACUUCCCCAGAUAUCAAAGUCGAGAAAUUUAUUAAAAUUGAAAAAUCAGAUGUCUCUCUAGAUACGCAAAUGGAUAUCGAUGAUACCUUUCCAGCGGAUGCUAAAGGAGACGAUAUGAUGAACAUUGAUACUGUUCCUCCGCUAUCUAAUCAACCAGCCAUCCCAAAUGAGCACGAGCUCAAUAUGGAAGAUUUGACUUCCGAAAAAUUACAAGUUAGAAUUCAUGUAUUACGUCGAUUUACAAAAUUAUUUCCAUACAUGCAUGAUUCAAAAAAGGAAAGUUUAUAUGAUGAUCUUAGAAAUUUAUUAGAUACUGAGUAUGAUAAAGAUGUUAAGAUUCUUGUAAUAAUACUUUUGGGUAAAUUGGCCCUUGAUCCGAUUGUUAAUUGUGGUAAAGUACUUGAGGAUUUUAUUAAUCAGAUGCAAUCAAAUUCUACCGAACUGAAAUGUAAAAUAUAUGACACAAUUAUUAGAAUUUUGCAGGCAAGGAUUGAAAAUGUCCUACAAAUGCCAAAAUUAAACAACGCGUUGAAAUUUCUGUGUGCGCGGGUGAUUAAUGAGCUAACCGAUUCACAUUACAGUAUUAGAUCAUCUUGCAUUAGUUUACUCGCAUCUAUAGCACCUAUAAUUAUUCGUGUUAAAUUGAUGCAAGAGCAUAGUAAAGAACAAGAGUAUCUAAAUGAAUCACAGAUUCAAACUAUAAUUCGUGACUUUGGAGAAGAUCCCGAUCCACGUGUUCGAAGUAGUGCUCUCAAAGCACUUCUUCAGCUUUAUAAUUGUGGCUAUAAACUAGAUAUGUCAUUGUACAAAUUAUGUGUUGCAUGCUUGACGGAUGACUACGAAGAAGUUCGGAUUGAGGCUUUAAGCUUGAUUUGGGUAUUAAGUAGCAUUCAUCAUGAAAGAAAAUUAAAUGAUGGGAGCACGCGUCUUAUCGAUGAUGCAUUUAUUAAAAUUUGUGAUAUGGUAUGUGAUGAAUCUGUAAAGGUUCGAAGUAAGGCAUGUAAUAUAAUGGGACGUUAUAAACUCGUUGAAGACCCGAUUUUACUAUCAACUUUGAGUCAACAAGUUAUAUCACACGGAAAACCUCGUAAGCCAAUGUUUAAAAAAUCUAGGUAUAUUCCAACUCCUGAAGGUGAUAUCGAUGUCGAAUCAGCCGAAGUUCGACUUUUGAAAUCAAGUGCGAAUGGAGCAUUUAUUCAUGGAUUAGAAGAUUCUUUUCAAGACGUUCGUAAUGCUGCGAUAGAUUCCAUUUGCGAAUUAAGUAUGCAUAAUCAAAAAUUUUCAAAAAGAGCCGUGGAAUUCCUUGUAGACAUGUUUCAAGAUGAAAUUGAUUUUGUACGGCUGAAUUCAAUUAUCAGUCUUCGCAAAAUUGGUACCCUUCAGCCUAUCGAAUUGGAUUCCGAAUUGUUGCAAAUUACACUAAGUGUACUUAAUGAUGCAGACCCUAUUGUACGAGAAUCAGCGCAUGGAAUGUUAGGUGUUGUACGAAUUACCUCGCCAGAAUUAAUACCGUCAUUCAUUAAAGAUUUAAUGGCAAGUAUGUCCCGGUAUCCGGAAGAUCAAUUGUCGAUCUAUCAAUGUUUCCGUGAUUUUGAGAAGUUUAUUCCUAAAUUUUUCAAGAUGGAAUCAAGUUAUAUUUCAAAGGAAAUUAAUCAGAAUGCCCCUGAACAUAUAGGAAAUUUAAUACUUGCAUUUAAUGCUUCGGUCUCAAAUCCGAAGAUAUUAUCCAUCUUACCUAAAUAUGCGUUUAGACAUUAUGAGUAUCUUAGAGACAAAUUUCCCAAUUGUUUUCCAGAAGUGAAGAUUCCGGGUGAUGCACCACGGCAAAGUAUUCGGGUCAAUGCAGAUGAUAAUACCCAAUCAUUUAUGAAUCAAACCAUAACGAUGGUGUUUUCUAUGGGGAACCUUUUCAAAACUGGUGAUUUCAAGGCUGCAUUGCGCGUUAUAAAAGUUUGUACAAAAUUGUGUGCAAACGAUAAUACAGGUAUAUAUAAUUUUUUUCAGGCUAAACAAAGUUACUUUGAAGCAAAUUCCUUUACAACUGCACAAGAUACAGCAGCGCGAUUGUUAGCAUUUUCUUACAUUAUGGAACAUAGGUUUAUCGGACUUUCGAUUCCGUCAAAAACUUUUGUUGUCUAUUUGAGAGUGCUAGCAAAUAUUGCAUGGAUAUUUGGUUGUUUAACGGAGGCUAAUAAUAGGUUGGUUGGGUUAUCAUUGUUGAGUAAGAAAGGCCUUUUACAAUUCUUUAUUAAGCGAGUGUCAGAUUUGCAAAGAAAAUUUGAACGUGACUCUUUUCUCUUAAAAGACCUGGAAAAACUUCAAAAAAAGCUAGUUAAAGCCAGCUUAUCUCCUACAAUUGAAAAUGUAAUAUCAUUGUUUGAUUUUAUAAUGGAUUACAAUCUUAUUGAUAUUGAAUUAAGUGAUGAUAUUAAAAGAUCUGAGGCCACUAUCAUUAGACCAGUUUCAAAUCCGGAUCUGCCACUUGAAUUUCCAUCAGAGUUUCCUUUCACAAUCUUUAUUGAAGCCGAAUUACGGAAUGUGGUAGAUGCAACUUCUACUGCAGUUCAGGUCAUAUUUCCCGAUCAGAUAAUUGAGCAUUUUAGACCACCAUCGGCAGAUUUCGUUCAUACCGAACCGGAUAAACUACAAUUGAGAACGCAAAUUGACAUUUCUCAACCCGCAUGGUCCGUGCGUGAUUUUGAACCAGACAUUCCUGAAUUGGAUCAACAUAUAAUGCGUCAGAGUGUUAAUAAUGGAAAUAUUAAUGGAAGUAUCUCUGAAAAUACCAUAGAUCUUUCAGAACCAGUCAAAUAUUACAUAUGGCCAAGAGAUUCAUCAUCCAAACGAAUACGUUAA